AAACCCUAACUCCUCCUCCUCCAUCAUCUCCGGCGAAAAACCCGAAAUUGAAAUCAGGGUAUUCAAAUUGAUGACCUAAAGAGAAAAGGGUUCCUCUACAAAGUGGACAAGUCGAAUUCGAGAGAAGCCAAGUAUCGAUACAAUCUAUGUGAAAAGCGUGACUACAAUUCGGAAGCAAUCUAAGCUUAUCAUCUUCCGAGAAUUCACAGAGACACACUGCACAAUCAAAAGGCUCUUUCGUACCUUUGAUCUCUUUGUAAAGAAACACAGGAAGAGCAUCGAUUAAAGCUUGAUCUAGACCUGAAUCAUGGAGAUGAAAGAGCUGUUGAAGCUGUCUUUGAUGAAGAAGAUUACGGAUAAGAGAACGAUGAUGAAGAGAAUGAUGGGGCUUAUUCGAUUAUUACCACCGGAGGAAGAAGAAGAAGAAGAGUCGGGUGAUUGGAGAAGGAGCAGAAGAAGGCGAGAUUUGAUUCAAGUUGUCAUAUCAAUUGGUUUAGAUUUAACCAGAAGAAUCAAAGAAGAUGAAGAAUGA